CAUGGGGCCCACGCGAUCCUUGCCCCGCCGCCCGGUCGCUCUCCGGGCGUCGCCGUCGUGGGCAGCAGGAGCUACGGACGGAGGAGAGGGGGUCGGUAGGGUACGCGCGGUCGGCCGGGUGCCACUCCCGCGGCCGCGCAGGGUGAGAGGUUCCCGUCCGUCACCGCGCCGUGUCGUCAGCGUCACAGGCUGUUGUCGCAGGUACCCAUUUUUAUCUGUUGCUAUGGUAAUCAACGUCCUGGCUCGUCGGGCACUUGGUUCUGCAAAAGUUUUGGAAUUAGAGUCUGUUUGGAACAGCUUGAUCAAAGUCAUGGCAUUUGGUCACGGAGAGUGAUCAAAGUAGGUACUAGCAUGGUCCUGUCCUUUUUGGUAGUAUCGUUGCUUCCUUGGGAAGCUUGUACCUCUGUUCUCAUAUAAUUUAGCAUCCACUGCAUUCAAGGGGGAGAUUCAACCAAGGCAUGUAAUGCCACGACGCUGCCCCGCGGCUCAUAUUCCUGCAAGCACAAAUGAAUGCAUGAGAGGAACAUUCCAACUCAAAUGUCGUGACUAGAUGUUGUCGGUAUGAAUUCGUCAUGAACAUGUCAGUACAGCCUUCUCCAUCGAAUUCUUCAAACGGGAUGACUUACCAGCUAAUUAUCUGCCAAAUAGGGUAAGAAAUAUUCAGGAAUUUUAGUCAGUCAGAAGCUACAUUUACUAGUGAGUUUCAAAAUUGGCUUCUCAUUGAAGGGAUGUAUAAUAUUUUGUGGAAGCCUACUCAUCUUUUUCAACCUUUUCAGAGAGUCCUUGUGCUAAGUAUAGUGGGAUGUGGUACUGAGGGCAUCUUCAUUCAAAAUCAAAGUGGCUAGGAGAUAAAAUUCCAAAGCCUAAAUACGUAGAGUCCUUCCCCUUAAUCAAUUGUUGCUUCUUGUCAAUCUACAUCAGUUGCAGAUUGGCUUCAUUCAAAAUUGGCUUCUUUUUUAAGAGAUAAAUAUAAUAUUUUGUGGAAGCCUACUCAUCUUUUUCAACCUUUUUAGGAAGUCCUUGCGCUAAGUAUAGUGGGAUGUGGUACUGAGGACGUCUUCAUUGAAAAUCAAAGUGUCUAGGAGAUAAAAAGUUUCAAAGCCUAAAUAUGUAGAGUCCUUCCCCUUAAACAAUUGUUGCUUCUUGUCAAUCCACAUCAGUUGCAGCGUUUCUUAGCUGGAAGGUUGGUAAUCCAGGUUGUUAUUCAGUGAAUUCAGGCUGAUGGGAUCUGGCGACACUCAACCCAUUCACUUUUAACAGUAUCUCAUAAAAAUAGUUUCUUCAUAACAUGAUCAGUAAGGCCAAGUAUUGUCUUGUAGAUGUUACACUAUACUGCGUUUUUGACUGUCAGUAAUUGCACAGGCAUGAGACAGUCAAUUUAUAGUUGCUCUGUGCGCCUUCUCUAUCAUUAGCCAGAGCUGUCCAGCUCGAACAUUGGUGAAUCACUAUCCUUACUUGAAGGGAAUAGUCUAAGACUUCCAAGUUGGGACUUCAGUAGUUUGAUUUAUCUUGUAAGGUUAGUUGAAAAAUUAAAAUAUGGUAUAAAAUUUGAUCAUAAAAAUACAUUUAUGAGAUAAUAUCACUUGCUUAUAUACUUUUUUCUAUUUUUACUGACUGGGCACAUUUAUGAGAUAAUAUCACUUGAUCUUACAACUACAUUUUCACAAAUAAAUUAUCCAAGGUGAAUUAUUGCCGAUGUCUCUUUCCAUGAGUCGUGAUGGGGAAGUGCCAAUUCAAAUGGAAUGGCUCCAACAUGAUAUUACUGUCAAAAUCCUUUUAUUUUCGUCUAUUAAAGAGUAUUUAAGUCCUUGAAGUACUUAGAAAUGGCUCCGACAUGAUAUUACUUGAAGGUUUUAUUUUUUCAAAAUACACAAACUGCCCACCAAAUGAUAUUCAGCAAGUGUUAAUGAAUUAAUCACCGUCUAUUGAUGACCUCCAAGGGGGGAAUUAUGACAAAGAAAUAAAAACUGUUCGAAAAAAACAAAGAACAAAAUUAAGAAAAAUUACAAACAGAAAUCAUGAUUUGCGCAGUUUUCUCCCUUUAGGUUUUCUCUAGGUCCACAGUUUUCAGUGUCAGAGUGAGAAUUUAUAUGAUGCCAGAUCCUUGAGUACUACCUUUAAAGUUUUUUGGAAGUUUUCAUAUUAUGUUUUGAUAACAAAGCAAUAGUAUUUAUCAUGAUAGCGGUAUAACACCUAUUGCGUGAUCUGCAUCGGAUGUCUCCUAGAAAUGCACAUCACAACUUAUAGCUUCUUGCAUACAUAUUGGAAGGCAGGAUGGAAUAGACCUGAUGUAGAAAAAUAUUAUUUUUAUUAUGCCAUUAGUUAUCUACGAAAGGCAAACUUCUGUUUACUGCUUUUACUUUCAGCGCAGAAAUAAACAUCAGUACCUGGGCCUAGAAACGGUACAAUGAGAGUAACAAUUUAACAGAUGCAAUUUUUGUGCUGUGGCCAUUUUUUCAUAGAUUUUCCCUCUUAUUUCAUCCAAAAUGUCUAUAUUCUAGAUUAAAUGAGAUAAUUUUCUAUUCAACCAAAAUUAUGUCUCUUAUUGUUGCAGUAUACCUGAGAGAGCACACAGCCUUUUUUUUAUUGGAUUGCAUUCGUCCAGAAAUAGUAAUCUGCUCAAGUUUCAUCAUUUUAUGCUAUCAUUGUCUAUAAAUAAUAAGAUGCUGAAGUUUUGGCGCACAUCCUUUAGCAGAUUAAAGUUUCUAUGCAAGAUUCAGUGAAGGCCGGAGCAUAGUCACAAAGAUUCGGGGUCUAUGCUCAAGUUGUAUGUCGUUGUUGUUUUAGCAAACAUGAUUGUGCACUGGACGUUUUUGCAUUAAGGAGGAGAAAAGAACCGAGAACUCUGCAGAGGCUAAGCUUACCCCAUAAGUCAUUGCCGACCAGUUCCGGAGAGCUACAAGCCUAGGAUGCUGACUGCCUGUAUGUUCCAACUUUCUUAACACAUUUUAACAUCAGGAUGCUCAAUAUCAUCAUAUUAGUUCAUAAUCCAUAAAUCCAUAGACAUACGGUAGGCGUGCAGCUUGCAGUGGACACAUGAAGGUCAGGUUGUUUCUCAUCCACUCAUCUGCUAUAGUGCACCAGAUGAUGAAAUGUUGUUGAAAUAUAGUUUCUUAAGAUGGCAAAGAGGUCAAGACACAUAUAAAAGCUGUGAUACAUCAGGUGUGCUGCAGCUUCUAUACUCAGGGGACGUCAUACUUUUGGUUCCUGUGGCAUCAUUUGCAAACAAAUUGUCGUUUUAGAAAAGGAUAGCUAACUAAUUAAGAUCAUACCAAGUUACCAACCCCUUGUACCAUAUUGAAUAUUGAAGUACAAGAAUCGACUUGGUCACAGAGCUUCAUAUAUUUUUGUUUGAGUGAGCAAUGUUGGUUUGAGAUACUCAUGCAUGUACGUGCUACAUGCAUGUACAUGCUGUGCAUGAUAGCUCCUAGAGUCCCGGUGCUGGCCGGUCGGGAUACUCCAGGCUACGGCCUAUAUGUACUCAUGUGUAUCCGUAAUCAAUAAAUGCUAUUCUUCCCCAUCUACUAUUCUACAAGCAGGAUCAACAACUCUAGUAGUUGUACCCCGUGAUGCUGCAUUACUUUCGGUAACUGUUUUUUUAAACAAAAAACUUAAACACAGCACAGAUUAUUAUGGGUCAGACUGGACUCUUGCUUCCAGAUCACACUAAGUUAAUCAAAUCACCAUCACUAUCUCCAUCAGCGAAUAGAAAAGCAUGAAAAUUGAAAAGGACUGGACAAUUUUUUCUAGUGAAAUUGCACGGAGUUAUACAUAUAUGCGGGCAGACAUCCAUUGCAGUUGCAACAGAGCUUUCAUGACCCUUUUGUCUGAUGCUUGUCUGCAGAGUUUGGUGGCUCACAACAUGUAUAAAAUGCAAUAGAAGCUUAAUGGCAGCCUUGUUAACUCAGUACUUAAUCUGGCGCCAGCUAAUAGUAAAUUGAUCGAUGGGGAGGCAGCCGUGCUGUGACAAGCAGGGGGUGAAGAGGGGGCCAUGGACAGCAGAGGAGGACAAGAAGCUCAUCAGCUUCAUCCUGACACACGGCCGAUGCUGCUGGCGAGCAGUGCCUAAACUGGCAGGGCUGCUGCGCUGCGGAAAGAGCUGCCGGUUGCGGUGGACUAACUACCUCCGCCCUGAUCUCAAGCGUGGCCUCCUCAGCACUGCCGAGGAGCAGCUCGUCAUUGAUCUCCAUGCCAAGCUCGGCAAUAGAUGGUCCAAGAUUGCUGCCAAGUUACCUGGGAGAACAGACAACGAGAUCAAGAACCACUGGAACACACACAUCAAGAAGAAGCUCAUCAAGAUGGGCAUCGACCCAGCCACGCACCAGCCUCUGGCCAACUCCAAGGCGUCUACUUCACAAUCCACUGAUACAGCUGAAUCGACAAAAUCCAGUGACACCAGAGACGAGCAGGGUGUGAAGGAAGGUAGCCGUAGGGACAUGGCACUGCCCACUGACUCGUCGGAGCAGUCCAGCUGGGUGGAGUCAGGAAACGAUGGCAGUGGUCAGGACCAGGAGCAGCUGGUGAAUUGGCUGCCAGAGACAGAUCUGCCCAUGGAUGAGCCGUGGCUGAAUUUUAUGAGCACCAACCAUGAUGCGCUUGGCAUCGUGGAGGAGCCCUUGCCAUGGGACGGAGCAACAGAUUGGUUGCUUGACUACCAAUAUUUUGGCAUGUGCAGCUUGAACUUGAUCGACAAUUCAACACUUCCCAGCUUAGAUGGAUCAAACUUCUGAAGAUCAUAGAAGACAGGCGUCAGGUGUGUGUGCGCUGCGGUGUUCCUAGUAUCGACAAUCAAUACAUACAUGAAUAAGACUGAAAACAUACGGGCUUGAGGCGUAUUUAGGCCAUAGAAUAGUGAUACCUUGCCCUUAAAAUUAAGGGUUUUGUGUUGGUAGAACCCAAAUGUUUCUUCAGUAUGAGAAGUUGUAGGAGUACAGACUACAGAGUCUCAUUGUCUGAACAUGCGAUACAUCCAAUGAGCAACUUGACUGUACAUUACGUGCAAGAGGUUGUGUAAUGCUCAGCAGGUUCCUGAUUUCUACUGAACAGCAAUGCAUAACCUGUUGAUUUGUGCAA